AUGGCGUCGAUAUUUACAUUCGAUCCCGACCUUCCCCGGGUUUCAUCUCCAUGGUCCAGCUCUGGAGCAACAACGCCACGCUAUCAAAAGGGUGGCCAGAGUAGUUCCUGUGGGCCAAGCCCCAUUGACACAAGUGACCCUGGAUUUCUCGAAGCGUGUGGCAUCAAGAAACUGGAACCAGAGCCUCAAGAUGGGCCUACAGAGUAUAAACUACAUUUACUCUUACGCCCUAGGCGGCCUUUCGUUUCGCUGUCUUCGGGGGCUCAGGUCUCAGGUUCACAUCAUUCAAAAUCCCAUGUCAACAGUGUUGCGGAAAGGGAUGUUUCUGAGUCCCCUGAGCCGGUUUCACGAGGUGCACAGUCAUCUUCAAAUUCGCCAAGACAGGCUCGACUAUGUCAGCUUACCACCCAGUUGCUGUGGAGGCUGCAGCAGUCCUCACCAUUUCAUUCAUCCUCCACUGCCAAUCUAGUGCUCCCUGCCCUCCCGGAGGCAACCGAGUCUCUAAAUGUACCUAGUACUCUAUCCCCGCUACUGCCGGGGCUCGAGGAGAGUCAGGGAGCGUUAUAUGAAAUUGGCGUCACCGAUGACGGCACCUUUGCGGGUUUAGCGGAAGAUGAACUGGAUGAGAGUCUUGUCAACCUUCAAGCUAUGGCUGCAAGCUUGGGCUGUCGAGUUGAGGUCCUCCGCCGUGUUGCAGUCGGGUACUGUAAAUGGGUGGAGAAAGAUGGCUUGUCUACUCGAACCGAGAAACUUUGGGUCGCGGAGGCCUUGGUCAGCCCCGAUUUGAAACAGUGUCGCUCUCAGGUAUUAACGGAUGACCCAUCCGGGCGUUGGAAAGAAAAUGGUGGCAGGUCAUCUAUGACGCAGCAACCAGUUUUGACUGAACAGCUUCAUGUGGCAAUUGCAGGGGCAUCAGGAUCUGGAAAAUCCUCUCUUCUUGGAAUACUAUCUACCUCUGCACUCGAUAAUGGGCGUGGGAAAAGCAGGCUAAGCCUUCUCCGACACCGACAUGAGAUUGCCUCUGGUGUCACAAGCUCCAUUGCGCAGGAGAUGAUCGGGUAUCCAGCUCCAGUAAAUGAUGACAAACAGGUAACUGCCUCCUCGGAUGUCAUAAAUUAUGCAUCUGGAAACAUAAAUUCAUGGGAUGACAUUCAUGUUUCUGCACGUGGUGGUGGACGUGUUGUCUUCCUGUCAGACCUUCCUGGCUCCCUGAGGUAUGUAAAGUCGACGCUCAGAGGACUAAUGAGCCUCAGACCGCAUUACGUGCUUCUCUGUGUCCCUGCAAACAACUCUGAAGACCCUGGGUCCAUUAUACCACCUGAAGUAGGCAUGUCAUUGGCCUACCUUGAGUUAUGCGUCAAGCUAGAAAUUCCUGUUGUCGUGGUAGUAACCAAGCUCGACAGCGCAACCAGGUCCAGCAUUCGACAGACUCUAACUCAGGUUCUCUCUGCCAUUAAGUCAGCCGGCCGUAAGCCUGUGAUGCUUCCUGUUCCUGGAGAAGUGAAUGAGCAAGACUUGGACCUUCGCAAUAUCCCCCCAGGUGACCGCAAGGACGCUAAUGCUGCUAUUAACUCCAUGGGCGGUGACUGUUUAGACGACGUUCCGAUUAUCAUUACCAGUGCAGUUACGGGUGCUGGCGUCGGGAAAUUGCACGCCUUGUUACAGACGCUCCGUAUGCCUACUCUAGAAAAAGUCUCACCCCCAGUUAAAAAGUCCAAUGAGGACAACGACGAACAGCCGAAAUCCCUUUUUGAUAUUAGUGAAGUGUUUGAGAUGCCGCUCUUCAAAGUAUACUCUCUGUCGAGUGAGGGACAGCGACAAAAUGAUCGAGGCAUCGUUCUCUGUGGCCGUGUUCGCCGUGGGGUUAUAUCUAUCGGAGACCGUCUCGUUGUGGGACCAAUAAUCCCCGAGUCUCGUUCUCACGAACCAACCCAUACACCACCACGGGCGAAAGCAGCAUAUAGCAAGUCACUUCCUGAUUCUCUGCCUUCUUCUCGUUUUCGGAAGUUUACUGGAGACAGUCUUGAAGCACAGUCUCAAACGCAUGCAGUUUGGAAACAAGUCCGGGUUGUUAGUGUACGUAACUUGAGACUUCCCGUCAAAGCUCUCUUUGAACAUCAAAUUGGCACCAUCGGAGUUGACUUCGUUGACUCUUCGCUUUCGACGUCGCUCGGACGAAUGCGUAAGGGCAUGGUGCUUGCGGAUUUUAACUGUGGGUAUUUAUCAAACUCGCUACUUUCUUCGCAGAGACUUUCUACCUCCGCACCGCCCUUUCACUCUGGUUUCAUUGCUCGAUUCCAUGCAUCCGACUUCUCGGCGUCUUCUCCUGUGCUGGUUUCAGGAAGUACCUCGGUGGUAUACAUCGAAAGCAUUCGGGCAGCUGCCCGAGUAAUACUGGUGGAACAGGCACGACCGCAUAUUUCCAUUUCCCAUGGGAUUGAGCCAGAGAUUUUCAUGCUUGACGCUGCUGACCACAAUAAUACUGAACGUUUCCAUGGGGACGAUGAGAUCAGCGUUACUUUCUCUCUCACAUCUUCAGCUGAGUGGCUUGAAGUGGGAUCGCUUGUGCUCGUAGUUCCAGGUACAGGUGUAGGAGUCAUAGCCACUCCUCCGUCGUCCUCGUCAAGCCUACCAUCGAUGGCUCGGUCUGGCCUACCUAGCGCUCCUGGUCUCAACGGCCUCGUUGGCAGAAUUUGCGAAGUCCUCCAUGUUUGA